CAGACUGCAAAGAUCAGAACAGCAGAUAAAUAUAUUUCACAAGAAAGAGAGAAAGAGAUAGACAGACAGACAGACAGACAGACAGACAGACAGACAGUGAGAGAGAGCGAGCGAAAGAGAGGGAGAGAGGAUAUUAACGUGAACCUGAGCAAUAAUAUUAGAGACCUCAAGUUCCAUUUGAGUUUGAUAGACUGCUAUUCUGAGCGAGAGACACCGUAACCAGGCAAUGGAUUGUGCAGCGAUGGAUUGUGCAACUCAGGGAGCAGAGAGACAGAGUGGACCCCCAGUGUUGCCUAUCAAACAGCGCAGGAGUCUCUACUCGCGAGGCUCUAGUAUGGGUUCCAGUGUGGACCUGGAGUUGGAUGGGAGUGUCUCUAGCCCAUUGGGACCCCAUCAGCACCAGGGCUCUCCCUGUACAGAUGUGUUCUCUGCCGCCACUGAUUGCCAUGCACUCCAGUGUCCCAUACACCAGCGCUAUGACCCCUCUUACUGUCAUCAAGAGAGGUUUUUCUCAGAUAGCACCACCCCGCCACCAGUGCCCAAGAAGAGGCUGGCUCGAACCCUUUCCCUACCAGGGGUCUAUCUGUGUCCCCUUUCGCCACUACCCUACAGUCACCAAAACUAUGACAACCCUCUCUACAUGCUGGUCCCCAUCGCAGGCACUCAGCCCCAUGUAGAGAGAGACGAAGAAAGACCAGUCCAGAAGAGCCCUCUCAACUUGCAGCCGCUAUCUCAACUUGACUUCGAUACACCUGAUGAACAGCUUACCUACUUCUUCAGCAGUUUCUACAACCAGGGGGACAUUUCUCAAGGUAUUCAGCAUCGCCACCUACUGUUCCUGAGGAGUAUGAAACAGCGCAUGGAGGCUGGGGUUCUCCUGAUGAGAGUGUCCGGUGAAGGCGUUGUUGCAUUUCAGCCCCAAGAUUUCCUACUGUGUGAAAACGACCAGCCCAAGCAGAUAGCAGGUUCACUGUACUACAGCCUGCAUAGCCCAAAGUUUCCAGGGAGGAUAAUCGCAGCUAAGGUGAGCAGUGAUGUUGGCCCCUUGUCUCAACCUACCUCAGUACCGCCCAAUGUCAACAUCCAGCAGGUCAUUGUAUCUUUCCCAUCAUGCCCAGCACUGGAGAAAGAACCUGGAACCAAAAACACAACCACUUCAGACUCCUCACAGUCUGAUCAGACAGGGACAGAAUCACCAGAUGAGAGCAGAAUUGAGGCAGACCAAAGUCAAGCGAAGUCUGAGGAGAGCAGUGGACCUACAGUUGCUUCACUAUUGCUCAAGGGAUAUGCAGUGACAAUUGAGAGAGACUUACCACAGGCUACUUUGGAAGACUUUGUACAAGAGGGAAGGUUCCUGCAGAGCUUUAAACCAUUAGUGUAUGAAAGGCAACUGAGUAUUCUGCUGCUACAGUUAGCCUUGGGGUUACAACACCUGUGCAGUAAUGCAGCCACUUGCGCUGAGCUGAAGGCUCAAGGCAUCUUGCUGGUAUGGCCAAGGGAGAGAGGGGGGGAAACAGGCGCAGACAAAGCAGAAGAAAGUGGAAGAAGUGAAGAAAUUGAGUUAUUGGAGAAUGAAAAAGAGAAGAUAAAAGGAGAGAUUCAGGAGCUAUGGAGAAAGUGGGGAACCCCUCGUGUGGCGUUGACCAAUCACACAAGUCACAGUGACCCCAGUCUCUUUCAGCCUGCUCAUGCUGCUCCAUCCAUACAGUCUCAGUUCAGAGUGUUGCUAGAGUACUGCCUGUACCUCUCUGACAAUGCUCCCUCUCAACAUACACAGAGUUCAGAUGGCACCAUCCAGAGCUCCCCAUAUCUACCAGGGCUUCUCCAGCUAGCCUCCUUGCUUCAGGAUGGGGGUAGUGGGCUACAGAUAGCAGACGUAGUGGGGGUCCUGCAGGCUCUGCUCUGGGGUCCACAUGUUGAGCUCUUCAGGGUAAAUCCCACCGUGCCUUCCACUCUGCACAACUGGCUGUCAGUCAAGCAGGCCCUUCUAAUGCUGAAGCUGGCAGAGAGAGGGCUGAUCCAGGACCUGCCCAGUCUGGACUGGGAGCACUGCCUGUGUAUACAGUACAUCUCCUUCACUGACUCUGAAACUGUGAUGAGGGCCACAGCACAACUAGGACUCCACAACACAGUGGACAGGAAGUUGUGA